UAUACUGCCGCGCAUGAAGCCUGAGCAAAUAUCUGGUGUCUAUAUAUAUACUGAACUGCUGUGAGACCUGGAGAAAGAUGGCCUACGCCGCAGUCCGAAGCCUGGUCUAUACUGCUGUGUGAAAGCUAGGGAAAGCUGGUAUAUAUUCUCGUACGAAACCUUAGCAAAACCUGGUCUCUGUACUACCGUGCAACCCCUGGGAACAUUAGCCGCUGACCCUACACGGAUACAUCACGGAGCUAGUUGUCGUACGGAAUGGCAACUCCCGUGUGCCUCGAUGAUUUUGAGAAGUACGCCGAGGCGCACCUAUCGCGUAUGGCGUGGGACUACUUUAGCUCCGGCUCCUUGGAGAUGACCACCGUUGCCGAGAAUCGUAAAGCAUUUCACAGGCUGAGAAUCCGGCCGACGGCGCUGUGUGACGUCAGCACGCGUGACGUAACGACGACGCUGCUCGGCGAACGCGUCGCCUGUCCGAUCGGCGUGUCGCCGACGUCGCUACAGUGCCUCGCGCACGCCGACGGUGAGGAGGCGUCGGCACGGGCCGCCGCCGCCCUGGACGUCUGCUACGUGCAAAGCACCUUCUCGACGCGCUCCGUCGCCGACGUCGUCGCCGCCGCGCCGACGGGCCUCAAGUGGCUGCAGGUGUUUCCGCUCACCGACUUCGGCAUCACCGAGCGGCUGAUCGCGCUCGCCGAGGCGGCCGGUUACCGGGCCAUCGUGUUCACCGUAGAUCACCCGGCGAAGCCGAGCAACUGGACGUUUUCGAGGCGGCCCGUGGGCCUUCCUCCGGGCGUCAGCAUACGUAACAUAGAGGCCGUGCUGCCUGGGGAGAUCGACGAGAGUAACGUCUACGCGCCCAAGCCAGGGCUGAAGCCGACUGGAAAGCUGUCGUGGCACGUCGUGGAGCGGGUGAGGCAGCUGACGAAGUUGCCCGUGAUACUGAAGGGCAUACUGACAGCCGAAGACGCCCGUCUAGCCAUCAACCACGGUGCCGCCGCUAUCUGGGUUUCGAACCACGGCGGACGCACCCUCGACGGUCAGCCGGCGGCGAUCGAAGCGCUACCGGAAGUCGUCGCGGCCGUCGGCGGCAGAGUGGAAGUAUACAUGGACUCGGGCGUGCGCACGGGAGCCGACGUGUUUAAGGCUCUGGCGCUCGGAGCCCGGGCCGUGUUCGUCGGGCGGCCGGUUUUGUGGGGUCUCGCCUACGACGGCGCCGACGGAGUGAAGAAGGUGUUGGAGAUUCUACGGGAGGAGCUGGAUUCUACGAUGGCCUUCGGCGGGUGUAGUUCGAUCGGGGAGAUCGUCGGGAAGUUGAGGGUGGUGCAUAAAAGCUACUAUAAGCAGUUCGUGCCGAAAUGAGGCGCGCAUCGAGAGAGAGGGUGGAAAGAUAGAUAGGUAGAUAGAUAGAUGAUAGAGAGAGGGGGAGAGGGAGA